AUGCACAACCAUGAACAGCCGAGCAACGAGCCCCGCUACACGUGCCUCAACUGCAGCGGCGCCCUCAAGGUUGAGCCGCAGACCCCAAGAUCAUCACGACAUUCGCGGGAAAUCGACCCGGCCAUCCUGACGCAGGACACGGGCGAGGCGAGGAAUUUGAUUCAGAUCAUCAGCGACUCGGAGGCCCCGCAGAGCUCCCCGAUCUGCCAGAAUUGCCUGAAUGCGCUGAUGGGCGGCAUGGAGGAGCAGUACAACAGAUUGAGCAACGAGUGCAACGAGCUGUCGCGCCUGAUAGAGGGACUGAAAGCCUGUUCUGGUGGCCCAAGCGGCAGCGCUCGACGACGGAUUGACGAGUUGCGGCGGGAAGAAGCCGACUUGAAGCAGGAAAUCGGCAAAUUGGCCGAAGAUGAUCGUGCGGCCGAGGCUGAGCUGGCAAAAGCCAAGGCCGAAAGGGACACCGCAUCGCAACGGCAACAACUACAAUGGAGCAAAUUUCGAAAUGCUCACAAAAAACUGCUCGAUAUCGACGAAGCGACGCGGCAUUCAGACGCCGAGAAGCGCUACGCUUCUGAACAGCUCCACCGAUUGACAAAUCGAAGCGCCCUCGACCUGGCAUUCCACAUCUGGGCAGAUGGCUCGAUUGGCACAAUCAACGGAUUUCGACUUGGCCGGCUGCCCGAUGAGAACGUCGACCCAAAAGAGAUCAACUGCGCCUGGGGCCAAGCGGCGCUUCUGCUUGAUGUCUUGCUGAACAGAAUGAAAAUUCAACCCUCGAUGUACAAGAUUGUCUGCGUCGCCGGCUACUCGUUCAUUCGGGAGGUUCGGCCCUCGGGUGCUGGACGCGAGCUUCCGCUCUACAUCUCCAGCGGAUGGCGACUUUUUAGUGGCUCCACACACGGAUCCGACGAGGGAGCUGCCGCCUUUUUGGACUGUUUGGCGACACUGGCCGCCGUUCUACAAUCGCGCAACAAACUGCUCCCACACACGAUCAAGAAAGAUUGCCUGCUCUACGAUAAUCAUCAGUAUUCGGUAAAAAUGCAAUUCAACAACGAGGAGCGCUGGACGAAGGCGAUGAAGUGCAUGCUGUCGAACCUGAAGGCUGCCCUGGUGCACGUCAACCUGUGCCAUAUCAAUGAA